AUGAUGCGGCAAGAGGACAUAGCUCAACUGAGGGCUUUUCACGCUGCCCAUUUCCCGGGUCAACCGAUUCCCCAAUUGACUACGACCCAACACCAAGUCGAAGCGCAAAGUGAACCCGACCAGCUCCCAGACAUUGACCAUGACGGCCUCGGCUACUACGACGACGGGGCCAAGAGAACUUUGACUGAUGAACAGAUCAAGAUGUUCCGUCAUUCAGAGAUUCAACGCUUGCUAAACGAAAGAAGAGCAGCCAGAGAAAAGGACGAAACGCGGAUGGACAUGGAGGCUGGCCGUGGCUCCUCCGUCACUCGAAACUCUAGGAAGCACCGAUUCUACGACGAACCUUCGACGAACCAUCAAAAUGUCGAUGCCCUGGUAUACGACGAACAGCCAGAGUCCCAGUCAGUGUUGAAUGCAGCAGAGAAGGAAUUUUUGUGGCCAGUCCUAGGGCAGCGCGAGUCAUGA